UCAGCACAAACGAGAGUGGCUAGCAAAUUCAUAGCAAUAUCAACCAACAACAGCCGAACUAGUUCAUCUGAUUGUCAGCACUAGCAGUCCGAGGAACUUCUUCUUGAGCUGCGUUUGCAGCCAUUAAAAAGAAAAGCUGAGACGGGAGGGAGAGUCUAGCGUUUUAGAGGAAAAUGGCUAUAACUCUCAACAACGGGUUCAAGAUGCCGAUAGUGGGUCUUGGCGUUUGGCGUAUCGAAGGCAAAGAUAUGAGGGACCUCGUCAUCAAUGCAAUCAAGAUUGGCUAUCGCCAUUUCGAUUGUGCCGCUGAUUACAAGAAUGAAGCAGAAGUCGGUGAGGCACUUACAGAAGCAUUUCGAACUGGACUUGUGAAGAGGGAGGAUCUUUUUAUUACCACAAAGCUUUGGAAUUCAGACCAUGGGCAUGUCGUUGAAGCCUGUAAGGACAGCCUGAAGAAGCUUCAGCUAGAUUAUCUGGAUCUGUACCUUGUUCACUUUCCAGUAGCCACAAGGCAUCUUGGGGUGGGUAACACUGGUAGUGCUUUAGGUGAGGAUGGCGUGCUGGACAUAGAUACAACCAUAUCUCUGGAAACCACCUGGCAUGCCAUGGAAGAUCUGGUUUCUAUGGGUUUGGUUCACAGCAUUGGGAUCAGUAACUACGACAUCUUUCUAACUAGAGAUUGCUUAGCUUACUCCAAAGUGAAGCCUGCUGUGAAUCAAAUUGAAACGCACCCCUAUUUUCAACGUGAUUGCCUUGUCAAAUUCUGUCAGAAGCAUGGUAUUUGUGUUACAGCUCACACCCCUCUAGGAGGUGCUGCGGCAAACACUGAAUGGUUUGGUUCAGUUUCAUGUUUGGAUGACCCAAUUUUCAAAGGACUGGCUGCCAAAUACAAAAGAACGGUGGCCCAGAUUGUUCUUCGAUGGGGUAUCCAACGUGACACGGUUGUCAUUCCAAAGUCAUCAAAACCUGAGAGAUUGGAAGAGAAUUUUCAAGUUUUUGACUUUGAGCUGACCAAGGAGGACAUGGACCUGAUUAAAAGUUUGGACAAGAAAUAUCGAACAAAUCAGCCUGCGAAGUUUUGGGGUAUGGAUCUGUAUGCCUAAUUGCAUUCAUGAUCUGAAUUCUACAAGAAUAAGAGUACUGGAGGUCCAUUGAUAUGUACUCGGAUUGUAAACAUUUGAACUGAUAUUAUAGUUCCUUCUCAUAGUUCUUUAGACCUUUUUACUGUGAGCUAUCCUGAGAGGAUUAAUAGGCUUAUCAACACUAAGUUCUGU